AUGGCCGACCUACCGGGCUUCGGCCACCGCAAGUUCAGCAUCAACCGUAACACGGGCGUCCCUCGGCCUUGCCGCCGCUUCUCUGUCGGAGAGCCGGGGCUGAAUGAGGCAAGCAGUAAGGUGCAUCGCCAAUUUAGAGCCGCUCACGAAGGCCAUCUCCCCCAUGCUGGGCUCGAUGCUACCAGAGCUUCGACUGGUGUCGUAUGGUGCACUGAGCGAGCUGCUGAGCAUGGCUUCCUCGACGAGCCCGACAAAUGGGCGAAUCUGGGCCAGGGCGCGCCUGAGGUCGAUGACGACAUUGAAGGCUGUUUCCCCCGGCCCAACCACAUCGACAUCUCCACCGCCAGCCGCGAGUACGGUCCCACUGCCGGUAUCAAGCCUCUGAGGGAGGCCGUCGCGCGCCUGUACAACAAGAUGCAUCGCCAGGGCAAGGCCAGCCAGUAUACCUGGGAGAACGUGGCCAUUGUUCCCGGCGGCCGUGCCGGUCUCAUCCGCAUCGCUGCCGUCCUGAACAAUGCCUAUGUCGGCUUCUUCAUCCCCGAUUACACGGCGUACAACGAAAUGCUCUCGUUGUUCAAGAACUUUGCCGCUAUCCCCGUUCCUCUCUCAGAAGAAGACGGCUACCACAUUCAUCCCGAGAAAAUUGCCGAGGAAAUUGCCCGCGGAACCAGCGUCAUAAUCACGUCCAAUCCCCGGAACCCGACCGGCCGCGUCGUGAAGAACCCGGAAUUGGCCGAGAUCCAGGACAUCUGCCGUGAACGCGAGCAUGAUGUAAUUGUGAUUCGUGAAGCCACUUUGGUUAGUGACGAGUUUUACGCUGGCUACAACUACACGAGCGACUGUGAUGGUACCACUAUCAGCGCCGCAGAGAACGUUAUCGACGUCGACGAGGACGACGUCCUGAUCAUCGACGGCUUGACCAAGCGCUUCCGCCUGCCCGGCUGGCGCGUGGCCUGGAUUCUCGGUCCCAAGGAAUUCAUCAAAGCAAUCGGCUCCUGCGGCUCGUAUCUCGACGGCGGCACUAACGUGCCUUUCCAAGAAGCCGCCAUCCCGAUGCUCGAGCCGUCCCUCGUAAAAAAGGAGAUGGCCGCGCUGCAGCAGCAUUUCCGCGCCAAGCGCGACUACGUCGUCCAGCGCCUGCGCGACAUGGGUUUUACCAUCCGCCACGUGCCCGACUCGACUUUCUACCUGUGGCUCAACCUCGAGGGCCUUCCCGGUCCCAUCUCGGACGGCCUCAACUUCUUCCAGGCCUGUCUGGAGGAGAAGGUCAUUGUCGUGCCGGGCAUCUUUUUCGAUCUAAACCCCGCCAGGAGACGCGAUCUGUUUGAUAGUCCGUGCCAUCACUUUGUGAGGUUCUCGUAUGGGCCGAGGAUGGAUGUGCUCAAGAUGGGGUGUGAUGGGAUUGAGCGGGUUGUUAACAAGUUCAAGAACUUGGUGAGCCACUGA